UGAUAUUAAUUCGCUACCACACUUUUCGAGGUCGGACCAGAGAAAACCCUAAAUUUGCCAUUCAAUUUCUUCUUCGAAUUGCAAUUCAACAAGAACAAAAUAAGAGUAUUGAACCAUACUGUGACUGUAAAAUUCGAAACGAGGAUAUCACUUUGAAGUUAGAUAUGAUGGUUUGUUCAUAUAGCUAUAUUGGGAUUUGUUUUGAGAGUUGAGAACUGUGAUUUUGUUUGGUUUGAGACUCUAAUUUGAGUUAAAAGAGAAAUGGGUUUCAAAUGGAAUCAGGAAUCUGUUAUUGUGGCCCCUUAAGUUUUCUUUUUCUUUUUUUCAAGAAGAAAAUUGGUGCUAUAUGAUGGGUCUUAUGUGGAACUAAUAAUUGAGAAAUAGACAGUUGACAGUAGUUUGCUUUUAGAUGACUUGGGAAAAUUAGAAGAGACUUCUUUACUUGUGUUUUUGAUGGUUUUCCUUUGGAACUGCUGCCUAAGAAUUACUUUUGUGAAGCAAUUUUGGUUGUAGUUGAUAAGUGAGUGAUACUGAAGUGCAAAAUUUGUUCUGUUCUUAUGAUGCAAGCUUUAUGAAUAUGAAUAUGAGUUUGAGUUGAAAAGUUGGAUUGUAGAUCGUAAGACAAUGGAAACCCAGGAGAAGGAUGUGCUGGUAACAAAGAGGUCACUGAGGAAGAGAGCAAGUUUGCGAAAUUAUGACGAAAAUUUGAUGGAUGAGUUGAUAGAGACGCAUUUGGGUGGUUAUUUGAAGAAAAAGAAUCGAUCAAGAGAGGAUUUGGAAAAAGAGACAGAAACAGAGGCGAUGAUAGCAAUAUCUCUGGGGUUCCCGAUUGAUGCAUUACUUGAAGAGGAGAUACAAGCUGGGGUGGUAAAAGAAUUGGAUGGCAAAGAGCAGAAUGAUUAUAUUGUUGUGAGGAAUCAUAUCCUUGCUAGGUGGAGAAGUAAUGUGAAGGUUUGGCUAUCAAAAGUACAGAUAAAAGAAACUGUGAGCAAUGAGUAUGGGCAUUUACUAUCUGCUGCGUAUGAUUUUCUUUUGUACAAUGGGUAUAUUAAUUUUGGGAUUUUGUCAUCGCUAACAUGCCCUAUACCAGAAUUGAUGAAUGAAGGGUCUGUGAUAAUUGUUGGUGCUGGACUUGCUGGUCUAUCGGCAGCAAGGCAACUCAUGUCCUUUGGUUUUAAAGUUGUUGUUUUGGAAGGUAGGAAUCGUCCUGGUGGGAGAGUUUAUACUCAGAAAAUGGGUAGGGCGGGCCAGUUUGCUGCAGCGGAUCUCGGAGGCAGUGUUAUUACUGGUAUACAUGCUAAUCCUUUGGGAGUUCUUGCUAGGCAACUUUCUAUUCCACUCCAUAAGGUCCGAGAUAACUGUCCAUUGUACAAACCAGAUGGGGCACCUGUUGAUAAGGAAGUUGAUUAUAAGAUUGAAUUUAUCUUCAAUAAGUUACUUGACAAAGUCAUGGAACUUAGAAAAACAAUGGAUGGCUUUGCAAAUUAUGUUUCCCUGGGUUCAGUUUUGGAGAGACUUAGGAAGCUGUAUACUGUGGCUAAAAGUACAGAAGAGAAGCAACUGCUGGAUUGGCAUCUUGCUAACCUGGAAUAUGCAAAUGCAGGAUGUCUCUCAGAUCUGUCAGCUAAUUAUUGGGAUCAAGAUGAUCCUUAUGAAAUGAGCGGGGACCAUUGCUUUCUAGCCGGAGGGAACUGGAGAUUGAUAAAAGCACUGUGUGAAGGGGUUCCUAUAUUCUAUGGGAAGACUGUGAAUACUAUUAGAUAUGGGAGUGAAGGAGUUAUGGUUAUUGCUGGUGACCAAGUAUUUCAAGCAGAUAUGGUCCUAUGCACUGUGCCUCUUGGAGUUUUGAAGAAAAGAACCAUUAAAUUUGAACCAGAGUUACCCAGAAGGAAGCUUGCAGCAAUUGAUAGAUUGGGUUUUGGGCUGCUUAAUAAAGUGGCGAUGGUUUUCCCCCAUGUUUUUUGGGGUGAGGACCUGGAUACUUUUGGUUGUCUUAAUAAGCAUAGCAGUAAGCGUGGAGAGUUCUUUUUGUUCUAUGGUAACCACACUGUUUCUGGGGGUCCAGUGCUUCUUGCACUGGUGGCUGGUCAGGCUGCACAAACAUUUGAAUCUACAGAUCCAUCUAUGUUAGUUCACCGUGUUUUGAGUGUUCUCAGAGGUAUAUACAAUCCAAAAGGCAUUGAUGUUCCAGAUCCCAUACAAACAAUUUGUACAAGAUGGGGCAGCGAUCCCUUUAGUUAUGGUUCCUAUUCUCAUGUUAGGGUGCAGUCAUCUGGCAGUGACUAUGAUUUACUAGCAGAAAGUGUAGGGGGGCGGCUAUUUUUUGCUGGUGAGGCGACAACUAGGCAAUAUCCAGCAACAAUGCAUGGUGCCUUCAUGAGUGGUUUAAGAGAGGCUUCUCGCAUUUUAAGAGUCAAUAGAAGCUGGCAAAAUUAUUCAAGGAAGUCUGUGCAGAGGAGUGUUGGUCUAAGUAAUGAUACAUGGUUAGAUCUGUUCAGGAGACCAGACCUAGCAUUUGGAAAUUUUUCAUUUAUAUCUAAUCCCUUGACGGAAGACCCACAAUCAAUGGGUAUUAUGAGAGUUACUUUUGAUAGUUGCAGAGAUGAUCUGAAGAAGGAACCAAGGACUGGCUUCCAAAAUUCUUUGAAGCUGCCAUUGCAGCUUUAUGUAGUGCUAUCUCGUCAACAGGCAAAUGAUUUACAAUUGAUGACCGGGAGUAAUGAGGACAAGCUAUCAUAUGUGACUAAAAACUUGGGCCUAAAGCUAAUGGGACCUAGUGCACUGGUAAAUGUUGCUACUCCCUUGAUUUCUAGCAUUACUAAUGCAAGAAGAGGACGGGGCAGGAACCGCAUAAUCUUCAAUAACAUACUUCUGUGUAGAGAUCAGUUGCAUGAAGUAUCCUGAUGCAAAUAUAUGCACCAGGUGAUGGGUUUUAAAUUUCAGUGUCUUUUCACUCCUAAGUUGCAGAAUUCUGUAUAUAAUCUAGCUGUGUAGGUUCUUCACAUACUAGGAGAGCAAGUAAUUCUUGGAGUUUGACUAAGAAGACCCAUUUGUUUGCUUAUUCUUUUAUCUGAAGAUGACUAGCAUAGACACAGUGGCUAAACAGAGCCAUGAAAGUUUCACUAUAGCUGAAAGUUGUUUGUAUCAUGCUGCUGAUUCUUGAGAGGAACUAUAGGAACAGAAAUUGUAAUUUUUGUAUUUGUAUGCUAUAUUUCUGUGUCAAACAAUAAUUGGACAAGAUAUAUGAAACUAUAUAUAUUUGAGCGACAACAAUUAUGCUAGAAGAAAUAUUUAUUAGCACA